CUCCUCCUCCUCCUCCUCCUCCUGCUGGUCUCCGCAGCACGUUUGCCCCAGGGCCCUCUGUCCACAGGAGCCCAGCGAGCUCGGAGGGCCUGGCCUGCGCAUCCGCGGCCGCCGUCCGAGCCCCAUCGGUAGGCGCUCCAGGGCCCAAGUCAGCAACGCGAUGGCGGCACCGCGCCGCGCGAGCCGCCUGCUCAGCGACGCGGAGAAGCACUUCAGGACCACCUUCCCGGAGAAGCACUUCAGGACCACCUCCCUCUGUGACCUCAAGAAUGGCGUCCUGUGGGGGCGCCCCCCGCUUCUGGAGGAGGAGCUCUGCCUCCUGGAGACGCCUGCGGAGCCCGUGCCCGAUGCCCUGCAGCGGCCUUCCGAGCCCAAGCCCGAGGCGGCGGGGGUGCCGCCUGACGCAGAUGCCGACGGCGACCACGCGCCGCGGGCUUCGUCGGGCGAGCCGAGGAGCUGGGCGGGGCCGGCGGUGCUGUCGCUCCGCGCGGCGCGCUCCGGUUUGCCCCAGGACGGCAGCGCCGCCGCGGAUGCCAGCGUGGGCGCGGCGGAGUCCUUGGCGCCCGUGGCGCCGCCGUCGCCCCCGCCGCGCGCCACGUUCAGGUCGGGGGCUCGAUCGUACCGCGCGGCCCGCUGAGGCUGUGGUAGGGGAAGGCAGGAGGAG